AUGUCGAAAGGACUACUCACCGAACAACAAGUUAACAAGCUCACUGCCCAACUAGCGAAUAUUAGACAGGUCAAAUUACGUACGAAUCCACUAAAAUCCACGUCAUUUGCCUCACGUCUGAUAAAUGGUUAUACGACUAAAUCAUUUCACGAAGAACAUGAUUUUAUAAACGCGCCUUUAAAUUCUAGAGUUCUUCAGCUGUCUCCGCUGCGCGACAAUAAUGACAAAGAAUUAAAAAUUGGAUCAUUACCUUUGCAAUUACAAGAAUAUGCUAUUAUAGAAGAUUUAUUGUUUGUAAUGAUGGGAAUUGAGGGAAAAUAUAUUGAAGCGAAUUUAUCUGAGGAUUUUACUGAAGAUGAACAACAAUCGGAUGGCGUUACUUAUUCGGUGGAUGGAUCUUUAGAUCCAUCGUUAAAAGAUUUAACCGAACGCAUAUUACCACUUGCAACAUAUUAUACCUCCAUAAACGCUUUCGUUGAGAUGCACUCAAAAUUCGAGUACGGAUUUGUAAAUCACGCAUUAUGUGCCGCAAUGAGAGAAUUAUUAAAGGAAUACCUCAUAUUAAUUACUCAACUUGAGCAUCAGUUUUGUUCAUCCCCGACGUUUACUCUUCAGAAAUUCUGGUUUUACGUACAUCCAACACUUCACACAAUGUCGAAUUUGCAUUCAUUGAUAAUGGAUAUUCGAAAUGUGACACGAAAUGCGAUGGAGGAGGAUACUGAAAUGUUAAUCGAUGGAUUUCAUCGUAGUAAUAAUAUACCUCAACAAGUUAAAGGUGGCGGUUUAUUGAGUAUCUUAAUUGAUCGAAUGACCAAUAUGAGCGGAGAUUUAGCGACUAAAAAGCUUUACAUGUACCUACUUUCCAAAUCGUCACAACCGUACGUCACAAUGUUACAUUCUUGGAUACAUAAUGGUGAGAUCCAUGACCCAUACGAGGAGUUUAUGGUACAAGAACGAAAAGGCGUCAGGAAGGAAGACCUUAAAGAAGAUUUCAAUGAUGCGUACUGGGAAAUGCGAUAUACUAUUAAAGAAGAUGUUGUCCCUCCAUUCUUAAUCCCGUUUAGGAAUAAAAUAUUAUUAGCUGGAAAAUACCUUAACGUUAUCCGGGAAUGUGGAAUUGCAAUACAGGUACCACAGCAACAAUCAAUGGAUGAUGAUGGCAAAGAUAAUGUGGAUAAAACGGAUAUUAAUGUCAGUAAUGAUAUUUUGGCGGCUAUGGAUGGCGGAAGAUUUGUAGAUAGUAUUGAGAAUGCAUAUAAGUGCGCAAAUAGGACAUUAUUGGAUUUGUUAUUAAAAGAUCAACAGCUUAUAGCUCGUUUACGAUCGAUAAAACGUUAUUUUUUCCUUGAUCAAUCCGAUUUUUUUACACAUUUUCUUGAUCUUGCAUCAGUGGAAUUAAAAAAACCAUCUAGUCAAGUCUCUCUUACCAAACUUCAGUCUCUACUUGACUUAGUUCUUCGUAAUCCUUCUUCUGUCGCAUAUACUGACCCGUUUAAAGAAGAUGUCAAAGUGGAGAUGAGUACCGUCCGUUUGGUAGACCAAUUACUACGUAUAAUAAACGUAGAAACGGCGCCAAUAACUCGAACCAAUAGUUUUAGCGAAAGUUUGGGGGGUCGGAAAGAAAUCAGUAGGAUAGGAGAUGAAAGUGAAAAUGAAGGUUCCGAGGAAGGUUCUAUAAGUGGUGAAAGAUUUGGUUAUGCAGUUGGUGUAGUAUGGAAUGUAGGAGGUAGCAAGCAACCGUUAACAGGAAUUGAUGCACUCACUUUAGAUUACACAGUGACGUUUCCAUUGUCUCUUGUAAUUUCUCGUAAAGCUCUUACCAAAUACCAACUAUUAUUUAGACAUUUACUUCAUCUUAAAUAUGUUGAACAAUUAUUAUGCAAUACUUGGAUUGAACAUUCAAAGUCAUUUUAUUGGCGGCGAGGGUCAGGUCAUCCAACCAUUGAAGCUUGGAAAAGUCGUGUUUUUGCACUUCGUCAAAGGAUGCUGGUUUUUGUACAACAAUUUGCAUAUUAUAUUACCAAUGAAGUUCUAGAACCCCAAUGGAGAAAUUUGGAGGCCAAUCUAGCAAAGGUAUCUACUGUUGAUCAAGUAUUACAAUAUCAUUCUGAUUUUCUCGAUACAUGCCUUAAGGAAUGCAUGCUAACGAAUGCAAAACUAUUGAGA